AUGCUCAUGGAAGAUGACAUCGUCGACAAGUUCUCCUACCAGUACCCUGACCACAGGAAGCUCCUGCAGACUGAGAAGCCCUUCGCCCAGAUCCUCUCUGCUGCUGCCACCAUCUCAUCUCGUGCACAGGAGUCCUCGGCACCGCUUGCCCCUACCUUGAUGCCCAGCCAAGACAACAACAUGGACAUCAUGGUUUCUGGGUUCUUUUCAUGCGAGGUACAGGAUCCAGCCUUCUUGAAUGGCACAUAUGUGGUGGAGUCCAACAGUACCCUGUUUCCCAGUGAUAGCAGCAGCAGCAUGGACACGAAUGUGGCAUUCUUCAAAGGCAUGCAGGAGGCCAACAUGUUCCUGCCCAGAGAUAAUGGGACUGGGAUGGUGGAUGGCAGGGGGCGUAAGAACAGAUUAGAGAUUGAUGGUGAGGCAGAGGCAGGCAUGGGCCGGAGCAGCAAGCAAAUAGCGGUGCUGGUGCAUAGUGAAUCCGAGGAGGACACCACGCUCAAGAAGAGAUUGGACUGCCUCAUCCUCAAUGGCUAUGAUAGGUACCCCGGUGAGAUGCAGGAGGUGCUGAUCACUUUAGACAGGGAGAAUAAGGCGGCAGAGAAGAGCAUCCGCAUGCGUGGGAGGCGCGGUGUGAAGCAGACAGUGGAAACUGACCUAGAAACACUACUGAUCCGCUGUGCGGAAGCAGUGGCCAGCAACGACCGCUGUAGCGCGAGUGAGCUUUUGGAGCAGAUAAAGCGGAACUCCUCACCAAGAGGGAACGCUAGGCAGCGGCUGGCGCAUUACUUCUCCCAGGGGCUCGAGGCACGGCUGGCCGGCACGGGGAGCCAGUCCUACCGCUCGCUCAUCGGGACAGGCAUCUCAACUGUGGACCUAAUUAAGGCCUACCAUCUGUACAGCGCCACCUGCUGCUUCGUCAAGGUGGCAUUUCUCUUUUCCAACAAGACUAUCUACAACGCUGUUGCAGGGAAGAAGAAAUUGCACAUUGUGCACUACGGCAUCAAUACCGGAGUGCAAUGGCCGGAUUUGAUUCGGUGGCUGGCGGACAGGGAGGGUGGGCCACCGGAGAUGAGGAUGACCAGCAUCAACAUACCUCAGGCUGGGUUCCGCCCUUCUGAGCAAAUUGAGGCAGGGCACCGGCUCAGGAAUUAUGCAAGUAGGUUAGGCGUGCCAUUCAAGUUCCACGCCAUUGAAACCAAACCAGAGGCUGUUCAGGCAGAGGACCUCCACAUCGAUCCAGAUGAGGUGCUUGUUGUGAACAGCAUAUUCCAGUUCAGGACCUUGAUGGACGACAGCCUCACCUUUGACAGGGUAAACCCAAGGGACAUGGUGCUUAACACUAUAAGGAAGAUGAAGCCAUCCGUGUUCGUCCAUGCCGUCACCAAUGGGCCAUACAGCGCAGCGUUCUUCAUGACGCGGUUCCGCCAUGCGUUGUACAACUUCAUGGUGUCGUUCGACGUGAUGGAAACAAUGGUACCGCGGGACAACGACAUGAGACUGCAGGUUGAGCGAGACAUUUUUGCACGGUGUGCUAUGAACAUGAUCGCCUGUGAAGGCACAGACCGUGUUGAGCGCCCUCAGAACUACAGGGAGUGGCAGACACGGAUCCAGCGGGCAGGGCUGAGGCAGUUGCCAUUGGACCCUGACAUUGUUCUGAUGCUCAAGGACAAAGUGAAGAAUCAGUACCACAAGCAUUUCAUGAUCAACGAGGAUCACCGGUGGCUUUUGCAGGGAUGGAAAGGCCGCGUGCUCUACGCCCUCUCGACAUGGGUAGCUGAGGAUACUACCAGUUCUGAAGUGACAUAGAUUCAUGUACCAAUGGAUGCUUGGGCACAUUUGGUCUUCGUUUGUGAAAUAUGGUCCAGAACAUUUUAUGCAGCUGACUGGUCCAGGAUUAAAGUUGCAUCAGUUAUUUUGGAACUCUUAAAUCAUAAUCUACAGUGCAACCUGCACCAAGGUGUAGAUAUCAAGAAUAAAGUCGCCCAUAUCAUUCACAUCUGGUCGUUGACAUUUGUUCUUAGAUAUUAGAAACUAAAAUUAAACUGUACAAUCACUCAGGUAAACCAACAGUUUUUUGGGGUGAUAUA